UCUAUGCUUUUUUUUUUUAAAAGCAAAAAAAAACAAAAUUAUAUAUGCAGAUGAGAUAUUUGGCGUUGUGGAUGGUGGUGAUGAUGGUCAUAUUGCCAUCUUCUGCCGUCACAGCAAUUUCAAAUAUUUCUUUAGAAAACUGUAGGCAAACAUGUGGGAGCGUUAAUGUUCCUUACCCUUUUGGGCUUGACCGUCCUGAAUGCGCCAAAAAUAAAUCCUUCCAGCUUCACUGCAACCAGAGUGGGCUUUUCUGGGGGAACAAGAACAUGAUCCCAAUUUACGACAUAUCAAUUGAAGACGGCACCAUCACUGGAGGCAUUAGGCCUGCCUACCGAUGCUACUACAACAAUUCUACCUGGAGGGGGAUGGGUAUCGCCCUCAGCGUCAAGCCCUUCACCAUCUCCCACACCCAAAACAAGUUGAUUGGUUUAGGCUGCGACACCGCGGCCUUAAUGGGCGACAGAAAGGGAAGGUUUAAAAGUGGGUGCCUAGCCGUCUGCAAUGACACUACAGAUAUUGAAAGGGACGGUUCUUGCUCCAGUUUCGGAUGCUGCCGGACUUUCAUCCCCAAGUACCUCAAUACAUUGAACAUUACGGCUGCCAGCCUUUAUGGUCACAGUGGUGUUUUGGAUUUCAACCCCUGCAGUUAUACUUACGUGGUUGCAAAUUUCUUCAACAUCUCGAAAAUUGACUUCCUUGGUUACCCAAAAGCAAUAAAGAGGACGCCUGUGGUGUUUGAAUGGGUGGUCGGAGUCGGAGAACAGGACUGCCAAGCAAGAGAAGGUCCGUCUGGGUAUACUUGCGGCCAUCAUGCUAACUGCUCUUACUUCAGCGACGGUGGUGGAUGUCGUUGCGUGUGUAACCCAGGGUUCACUGGAAAUCCAUAUCUCCUGGAUGGAUGUCAAGAUAUUGACGAGUGCAAAGAACCAGACAAGUAUCAUUGUCAAGGCCGUUGUCGUAAUACUAUUGGGAAUUAUGAAUGUGACUGCCCGCUAGGCAAGCGUGGUGACGGCCGUAAACCUGACGGCUGCCGGGGACUUGCUCUGACCACCAUCGCAGCAGUGAUUGCCGCAAUCAUUCUUGUCAUAAUUAUCACCCUCUUGAUUCUCAUUAUCUGCCAAAGGAGGAAGAAGGAGAAAUAUUUUAGAAAAAACGGUGGUUUGAUAUUGAAGAACCAAAUAAUCAGGAUUUUUAGCGAAGCAGAAAUAAUAAAGGCAACCAACAACUAUGACCCUAGUCAAUUCCUUGGAGAAAGAGGCUUUGGUUCAGUUUACAAGGCAGUUUUAGGAGACAACACAGAAGUUGCUGUUAAGAAGGCCAAAGAGGUGGACAAGGCCAAAGAGCUCUUAGGCUUAUGUUUGGAGACCAAAGUUCCAUUGCUGGUUUAUGAGUUCAUUUCAAAUGGAACCCUCUACCAUCAUAUCCAUGACAAGGGAUCACAUGUUUUAAGAUCAUGGAAGAAUCGUCUGAGGAUUGCUGUGGAGACUGCACUUGCACUUGACUAUUUACAUUCUUUAACAAACCCACCGAUCAUUCAUGGUGAUGUGAAGUCAAUGAACAUAUUGUUGGACGAUCAUUACACAGCCAAAUACCUAAUGACUGGUAAUUUGACAGCAAAGAGUGAUGUUUAUAGCUUUGGAGUCGUCUUGGUGGAGCUAUUGACUGGGGAGAAGCCUACUUCAAGUGUUGGAGAUGGGGAGAAGAGAAACAUCAUUCACUAUUUCAUUUUAUGUGUUGAAGAUGGUCGUAUUGCCCAAGUUUUGAAUUUUGAGCCAGCCAAUGAUGGGGAAAUGGAGGAAGUAGAAGCAGUUGCUGACCUUGUGAAGAGAUGCCUCGAUUGGAUUGGCCUAAGAAGGCCAACCAUGAAGGAAGUUUCCGAGGAGCUUGGAAGGCUAAAAAAGCUUAGUGAUAACUUCUGGGCUCAAGGGGAAAAUGGAGAGACUGAGUGCUUGCUUGGAGAAUCCUCAUCAUAGACUUAUGAAUCUUUAAAUGCCAAGAUGGAACAAAUGGAAACCUAUACGAUGCACACAACAUUUGACAUUGAACAAGCAUCAACUCUUGGCAUCUAGUCUUUCCUGCUACUAUAAUCUUCCAUAUAUAUGUGAUUAGUUACAAUAAUUUCCUAACAUAUGCUGAGCAUAUGUGAAGGCUUUCCUUGCUACUUGGUUGUUGGUUCUCUAUGUUUAUAUAAGAUAAGUGUUGUAUUUGCUAAAUUUGAUUUAAGUGGGUCAAAAAGUUAAUAAAAUAUGAUUUUUCUG